UAUAGCCAUACUAUAACCAAUAAGCAUAGUAUAUAUUCAAUUCACGUUACAAAUAGUAGGGUUAGUGUGAGUAUUCUAACACAGUUCUACUGUCUGGUUUAAUUUAAAAGAACGGAAGGAGAAUCUUUCAACCAGGAAGUGAAUUCAACCAAUAGGAUAUUUUUUUAAAAAAAUUUUGCAAAGCGUCCUAAGCAUGACGUCAUCCCGGUAAACGGUGAACAACCGGUUUGGAUUGUAGAGUAAUCUAGAAAUCUGUGCUGAUUUUCCAUUUAACUGAAUUGUUUUAAUAUACCCAUCGAAAACGUGCAAACAUCAUGGUUUUCGAUGUAAGGAGGUUGGAUAUCUACAGGAAAGUACCCAAAGACCUGACCCAGCCCACGUACACAGGAGCUGUGGUGUCCAUUAUCUGCUGUGUUUUCAUGUUGUUCCUGUUCCUCUCUGAGCUGAAAGGAUUCAUAGCCACUGAAAUUGUUAACGAGCUGUAUGUGGAUGACCCUGAUAAGAACAGUGGUGGGAAGAUUGAUGUGAGUUUGAACAUCAGUUUGCCAAACUUACACUGUGAUUUGGUGGGUCUUGAUAUCCAGGACGAGAUGGGUCGCCAUGAGGUGGGGCACAUAGACAACUCCAUGAAGGUUCCUCUCAACCACGGAUAUGGCUGUCGCUUCGAGGGAGAGUUCACUAUUAACAAAGUACCAGGUAACUUCCACGUGUCGACCCACAGCGCCACGGCCCAGCCCCAGAGCCCUGACAUGACACACCUCAUACACAAGCUGGCCUUCGGGGAGAAACUACAGGUGCAGAAUGUCCAAGGAGCCUUUAAUGCGUUGGGAGGAGCUGACAGGCUGAGCUCCAACCCUCUGGCAUCUCAUGACUACAUCCUAAAGAUUGUCCCAACAGUCUAUGAAGACCUGAGUGGGAAACAGAGGUUCUCCUACCAGUAUACUGUAGCCAACAAGGAGUACGUAGCCUAUAGCCACACAGGAAGGAUUAUCCCAGCUAUCUGGUACCGCUAUGACCUCAGUCCAAUCACAGUCAAGUACACAGAGAAGAGACAACCCCUCUACCGGUUCAUAACUACGAUCUGUGCUAUCAUCGGUGGGACGUUCACGGUAGCAGGCAUCAUAGACUCCUGUAUAUUCACAGCCUCCGAGGCCUGGAAGAAGAUCCAGAUAGGAAAGAUGUCCUGAGGACAUAUCACUACGCUGUCCUGAGGACGCAUCACUACGUAUCACUACGCCCCCAUAAAAACCUAUUUAUAACAUCAGAAGGGCGUAUUUCAAUAGUCUACAGACUUCCUCUCCUUCACCUGCUAGAUAAUAAUAAUAAUAAUAAUAAUAAUACUAUUUAGCUGAAGGUAGUUUCCAGAGCGACUUAGUCAUGUUACACAUUUUUCUUCAUGGGUGACCCCAGCGGGAAUCGAACCCACCAUCCUGUCCUUACAAAGUGCCAUGCUCUACCAACUGAGCCCUACAUUCCUUCAUCUGUCAGAGCAGAUGAAGGAAAGGAGACGAGGCGAGGAAGCGACUCUAGACCAUUGAGAUGCGCCCAGAGACUGGCAGUAUAUUUCCCCAGACAACAGGAUGGAUGGUUAACUGAUUGGUUUUCAUAUGAACCUGUGCAAUCACUUGGGCAUGUCCAAAUGGCACCGUUUUACCCUUUUAUAGUGCACUUCUUUUGGAGCCUCUUCAAAUAGUGCACUUAUUUUGGAGCCUCUUUAAAUAGUGCACUUCUUUUGGCGCCUCAUAAAUAGUGCACUUUUAGCGCCUCAUAAAUAGUGCACUUCUUUUGGCGCCUCAUAAAUAGUGCACUUCUUUUGGAGCCUCUUAAAUAGUGCACUUCUUUUGGAGCCUCUUAAAUAGUGCACUUCUUUUGGCGCCUCAUAAAUAGUGCACUAUGAAUUAAAUAGGGUGGUAAAAUGUAGUAAUUUGUCAUACUUUCAAAUGAUUUUUUUUUUUACAAAAUAUUUUGUACUUUGUGACAUGAAGUGAGUAUGAAGUGAGUAUGAACUGUCUCUUCCAGGUGUAAAAAACCACAUUGUAACAUAACAUACUGUAUUUAUGAUUGUAUUGUGGAAUGAAUCAUACUGUCACAUCAAGCCAUUGGAAAUAUAAUGAAUCAAUUGUGCCUUAGGUUUUUUUUUCAAAGCCCAUGUCAUACAGUAUGUCUCUCAAAUCAAGUGUUUUCAGCUUUCUGGAUCCUUUGGUUUCUCAUUUCAAUGUUGACUGAACCAGGGUUUUCUUAUUGUCAUUUCAUAAUGCUGAAUCUAUUACGCUAUUGACUGAAUAAUGGAUCAACUCUAGAACUAGUCUUGGUUCUAGAACUAGUCUUGGUUCUAGAACUAGUCUUGGUUUGUAGAACUAGUCUUGGUUCUAGAACUAGUCUUGGUUUGUAGAACUAGUCUUGGUUCUAGAACUAGUCUUGGUUUGUACUAGUCUUGGUUCUAGAACUAGUCUUGGUUUGUAGAACUAGUCUUGGUUCUAGAACUAGUCUUGGUUUGUAGAACUAGUCUUGGUUCUAGAACUAGUCUUGGUUUGUAGAACUAGUCUUGGUUCUAGAACUAGUCUUGGUUCUAGAACUAGUCUUGGUUUGUAGAACUAGUCUUGGUUUGUAGAACUAGUCUUGGUUCUAGAACUAGUCUUGGUUUGUAGAACUAGUCUUGGUUUGUAGAACUAGUCUUGGUUUGUAGAACUAGUCUUGGUUCUAGAACUACAACGUGGUCAGUGUUUACUGCCCCCUCUCCCUUUUUAUAGAAUGUUUCCCAAUUCCAUUGUAACUGACCGUACAAUCUGUUCAAUGUCCUUGUGUCAAAUCCAUUGAGGAUGAAGUUAUUUUUGGUUUUAUCUACUUUCUGAAAAUGUUCAAAGGAUUUGGACGUCUUUAUUAUUUUUUUGCCAAAAAGAGAGAAAUAAUAGAAUUGUCUUUGUUUCUUCUCAUGUUUUACUGUAUGUAAACGUGUGUAUUCUUUUGAUAACAAUCGGUAUUAUCCGUUUUGACGUUGUUACAGGGUUUCUGUGGGAAUGGAGGGAACUGUUCAGUUAUAAGGGCUAUAUCCCAAAUGUCACCCUAUUGCCAAUGUAGUGCAUGACUUUUAGACCAGGGCCCAUAGGGCUAUCAUCAAAAGUAGUGCACUACACAGGGAAUAGGGUGCCGCCAAGAUGUUCUUUAUCAAUGGUCUCAUCACUACCAUGACAACUAAGAUGAAGGCCAUUGAUAAAUAGAAGUCUUUGUUAGAACUGGUAUUACUGGACUAGGUCAGACAUUUUCCUGUCAUGAAAGAAGCAGAUGAUGUGUGAUCAAUGCAACAACCAGUAAAGUUACUUUAGCAACCA